CGCGUGCGUUCCGGGUACAGCGUCGGCUCGGGGACUAGGGGCCGCGGACUCCUGCGGAACGGGCUGGCACCAUGUUCCUGACCGCCCUCCUCCGCCGUAACCGCAUACCUGGCAGGCAGUGGAUCGGGAAGCACCGGCGGCCGCGGUUCGUGUCGUUGCGAGCGAAGCAGAACAUGAUCCGGCGCCUGGAGAUCGAGGCGGAGAACCACUACUGGCUGAGCAUGCCCUACCUGACCGCCGAGCAGGAGUACGGCCACGCCGCGGUGCGCAGGGCGGAGGCCUUCGAGGCCAUCAAGGCGGCCGCCACUUCCAAGUUCCCCCCGCACAGAUUUGCUGUAGACCAGCUCAACCAUCUCAAUGUCACCAAGAAAUGGUCCUAACCCUGAGCCGUCACCCCUCGAGUUUAUAGAUCACGGGGGGGCUGCCCUGUCUUUACCUGCUCCCGGAACCGAAAAACUAGUUCCUAUAAAAAUGUGAGCCGUUGGACCAGUUUUAUUAAAACAAAC